AUGGCGCGUAAUCGGGAGGGUUUGGUUUUGUUGCUUGAUGUAGGACCGGCGAUGCAUGAUGUUCUCCCUCAUGUUGAGAAAGCUUGUUCCUUGCUUCUGCAAAAGAAGUUGAUUUACAACAAGUAUGAUGAAGUUGGGAUUGUUGUCUUUGGAACUGAAGAAACCCAAAACGAGCUUGCUAGGGAAAUAGGUGGAUAUGAGCAUGUUACGGUUUUAAGGAAUAUCAGAGUUGUGGAUGAAGCGGUGGUUGAGUAUGUAAAGCGGCUCCCUCGAGGAACUGUAGCUGGCGACUUUCUUGAUGCUUUAAUUGUCGGGAUGGAUAUGCUAAUAAAGAUGUAUGGCGCUGCGCAAAAGGGGAAAAAACGGUUGUGUCUCAUCACGAAUGCUGCAUGUCCUACCAAGGAUCCGUUUGAAGGGACGAAAGACGAUCAAGUCAGUACUAUUGCUAUGAAAAUGGCUGCGGAGGGUAUAAAGAUGGAAAACAUUGUUAUGAGGGCCAAUUUAAGCGGUGAUGUUCAUGAGAAAAUAAUAGACGAGAAUGAUCAUUUGUUGAAUUUAUUCUCCAGCAACGCCAUUGCGAAAACAGUGUAUGCUGAGAGUCCUCUCUCACUGCUAGGUUCCUUAAAAACCCGUAGAGUUGCUCCAGUUACUCUGUUCAGGGGUGACCUUGAGAUUAACCCAACAAUGAAGAUUAAGGUGUGGGUUUAUAAGAAAGUGGCUGAGGAGAGACUUCCCACACUAAAAAUGUAUUCUGACAAAGCGCCACCAACUGACAAGUUUGCCAAACAUGAAGUAAAAAUCGAUUAUGAUUACAAAGUUACUGCAGAAUCUAGUCAGGUUCUUGCUCCAGAAGAAAGGAUCAAGGGCUUUCGCUAUGGACCUCAGGUUGUUCCUAUAUCACCAGAUGAGAUGGAAACACUCAAGUUCAAACCUGAUAAAGGCAUGAAGCUUCUGGGAUUUACUAAGGCGUCAAGCAUAUUGCGACAUUAUUACAUGAAAGACGUGAAUAUAGUUGUUCCUGACCCGAGCAAAGAAAAAUCUGUGCUUGCCGUCUCUGCUAUUGCUAGAGAAAUGAAGCAAACAAACAAGGUGGCAAUUGUACGUUGUGUCUGGAGAAAUGGACAAGGGAAUGCAGUUGUUGGGGUCCUGACUCCAAAUGUGUCUGAGCGAGAUGACACCCCUGAUUCUUUUUACUUCAACGUGCUACCUUUCGCCGAGGAUGUCCGUGAGUUUCCAUUUCCUUCUUUCAGCAGAUUUCCUGCGUCAUGGAAGCCAGAUGAGCAACAGCAAGCAGUGGCAGAUAAUUUGGUUAAGAUGCUUGACCUUGCACCUUCUGCUAAGGAAGAAGUCCUUAAGCCUGAUCUUACUCCCAACCCCGUCUUGCAGCGCUUUUACGAAUACCUUGAGUUGAAAUCGAAAUCCACGGAUGCUGCUUUACCUCCAAUAGAUGAAGCUUUCAAGAGAAUUAUGGAGCAGGAUCCAGAACUCUCUUCCAACAAUAAAUCCAUAAUGGAUUCAUUUCGUGGAAGUUUUGAAGUCAAGGAGAACCCAAAGUUGAAAAAAACCUAUAAGAGACUAUUACGGGAUAAGCCAUCGGGUUCAGAUGAUGAAGACAAUCGCAUGGUCACUUAUGAUAACGCCAACGAGAACAAAAUUGACAACAUUGGAGAUGCAAACCCGAUCCAAGAUUUUGAAGCAAUGAUAUCCCGUAGAGAUAACCAAGAUUGGAUCGAUAAAGCAAUCACACAAAUGAAAACCCGAAUACUUAAGCUCGUAGAAAAAGAUAGUAUCGAUGAAAGUGACAGAGCGUUGGAGUGUUUACUCGCUUUACGCAAAGGCUGUGUCUUGGAACAGGAGCCAAAGCAAUUCAACGAGUUCUUGAAUCAUCUAUACGAGUUAUGCAGAGAAAGAAACUUAGCCCAUUUUCUCAAACAUUUCAAGUCGAAGAAGAUCACUUUGAUUCCCAAAUCCGAAGCAGCGGACAGUGAUGUAGCGGACGAGGAAGCUGGAGAUUUCUACGUCAAACAAGAGCCAAAGCUCGAGAGCUAA